CUGCCAUCUCCGCUCCAUCUCAAUUCCUCAUUGCGCCCAUGAUGCUUUCACGAGCUGCGCGCCCCGCUCUGAGGGCUGGCCUGGCCGCCGCCGCACGGCCCGCCCCCCUCAAUGCCCCAUCUGCUGCCACCUAUGCCACCCUGCGCGAGAUCGAGGGCCGUCUGAAGUCGAUUCGCAACAUUGAGAAAAUUACCAAGACCAUGAAGAUCGUCGCCUCCACCAAGCUCACCCGCGCUCAGAGGGCCAUGGAGUCGUCCCGCCAGUACGGUCAGACGUCCAACACCGUGUUCGAUCAGGCCGAGACCAAGCCUGUGGAGGGCGACGGCAAGAAGACAUUGAUCGUGGUCUGCAGCUCCGACAAGGGUCUCUGCGGUGGUAUCCACUCUGGUAUGUCCAGGGCCACCAGGAAGAUCCUCCUCGAGGAGCCCGAGGCCGAUCUGGUCGUCAUCGGCGAGAAGUGCAAGGCGCAGUUGUCCCGUUCCAACGGCAAGAACAUGGUGCUCAGCUUCGCCGGUGUUGGAAAGGACGUUCCCACAUUCGCCGACGCUUCCGCCAUCGCCGACCAGAUCUCGACGCUCCCGACCGACUACUCUUCCGUCAAGAUCAUCUACAACAAGUUUAUCAACGCUACGAGCUACGAGGCUCUCCCGAUUGAGGCAUUCUCUGAGGAGGCCAUCAGGCAGUCGCCCAACUACGCCGCUUUCGAGAUCGACGACGAAGUUCUCGGCAAUCUCCGCGAAUACGCUCUUGCCAACUCGCUGUACUGGGCGCUUGCCGAGGGCCACGCAUGCGAGCAGUCUGCCCGACGAAACGCUAUGGACAACGCCUCCAAGAACGCCGGUGAGAUGAUCACCAAGUUCCAGAUUCUCUUCAACCGUACCCGUCAAGCCGUCAUUACUGGCGAACUUGUCGAGAUUAUUACCGGUGCGGCCGCUUCAGAGGACAGCUAGAGGAUUCCCGAUGUUAGACUACUUACCCAAAAUGUCGGCUCCCUACCCUGAGCCAGGCUGUGUAGAAUAAAGCUUGUCCAUAUGCUCUUUUGUCAUCUAAUCAGCCUCUGGUCUUCUCUUAGUGUCACCAAUUUCAUUUGCAGCCAUGCUCUCGUGUGACGUCCUAAAAGUCUAUUGUUGCGAAGCUGUGCGAGUCUCAAUCACUCACCGCCAUAGAAGAUGGGUGGGGAUGGGUACCAUUCACACAAUUAAUUAGACGACAAUGCAGACG